AUGUGUCCUGUAAUCGCUGUAUGCGAACGCAGAAGCCUCUGCCUCUCUCUAAGUGACGACCCCCUCAUCAGCAACCUCUGUCCCGCUCACCAGCGUUCAAUCCCUAUAGGUCUUCCGAGUCCGCACCCAUCUUGGUUACCCCUCCAUCUGAGUCGGCUUGAUGGCAUUCUGGACUAUGAAGCCAAAUCCGCAUCUGGUUUUAAGGAAAUGCGCUCGGCAUUACAGGAUAUUCAUGACAAGAUGGCAAAGCAUCGUCUCCUGAUUGAUCGCUACUCGGGUUUAGAUAUGAAAGAAGGCAAUGGAGUCGUAAAGGAUCGUGUCGAAGCGAAAGUCGAAGAACUCAUACCAAGGAUGCCGUGCUUGACUUCCGUGCAGCGUCCCCACAGAGCUGACGGUGACGCCAUCUUGAAUGACUUCGAUCCAAGACUUGUUCCGGGUUACUCCACUGGACUGUGCAUCACGAAGGACGACAGAAACAGCGAACUGCGUGGGCGUAUACGCAGCCUGCUGUGCAGAACUCGCGAGACCAGCAAAAAGGAUGCAAAUAAUCCGCAUCUGAAAUCAGUGCCCGCAAGGCGACGCGAGGUCACUGUGGAGUGA